AUGAUGCUCAGUGUCGCGCAGCCCGAAGCAUCUACCCAGCUGUUCGCUACAGUGAUGGGAGAUGUCGCUACAGUGAUAGCAGCCACUCAGGAAGACACCUGUACAACUGGAUCCGAAUCGUUCAAUGACACCAAAGAAUAUAUUGAGGAAACGCAGCCUGAAGCCACCACCACCCAGCUGUAUUCUACGAUUGAUAAUGAUAACGCCAUACCAAAUGUGAAAAUAGUGUACAAAUAUGACUCUUUUCAUGUCGUCGGACUUAAAUAUACACCUAUUGGGGAGCUCACGAAGGCUAUGUUUCUAUGCGAUAUUUUCAACUUCUGA